AUGAGAAACGCCUCGGCUCAAGUCUCAAAGAGGGUCGGCCAGCAAGAUGACAAUCGUCGACCCUGUCGGUUCAAGACGGUGCAGAUACUUUUGGACAACGCGAUGUUAAUAGUUAGAGGCAUUUGUUGUUGAUUUGACUGGUGGUAUCGUACAGUCCAGGACUAUCUGCCAAGGUUUGGUCUAUCACCAUGGCGUCGCAAGCUCGGCCCAAGGUGCUGAUGUUCGAUAUUGGGGGUGUCUGUGUCGUCUCACCUUUCCAAGCGAUAUUGGACUUCGAAGUCGAACGGGGCAUCCCCAAGGGCUACAUCAACUACUCGAUCCGAGAGCUCACACCGAACGGAACAUGGCACAAGCUCGAACGGGGCGAAAUCCCCAACGACGCAAACUACUUCCGCAUGUUCAAGGCCGAUCUUGAACGGCCAGACCUAUGGGCGAAAUUCCACCGCGAGAAGUUUAACAACGACAACCCGCCACCAGUCCCAGACAUCGACGCCGAGACGCUGUACUGGACCAUGAUGAGCAUGUCGCGCACGCCCGAUCCGUACAUGUACCCGGCGCUCAAGAAACUGAAAGCGUCGGGCCAGUACAAGCUGGCGGCGCUAUCCAACACGACGAUAUUUCCUGAGGGCCACGAAUUCAACAAGAUCGGCCCCGACGACGUGCGGAAUUUCUUCGAAGUCUUCGUCAGCAGCGCUCACGUUGGCAUGAGGAAGCCCAAUCGCGACAUCUACGAGCAUGCCAUAGAGGAGGUUCGGCGGAAGUGGGGGCGUGAUAUCCAACCCCGGGACAUUGUCUUUUUAGAUGACAUUGGCGAGAACCUCAAGACGGCUAAAAGCCUGGGGAUCAGGACGAUCAGAGUGCUUCUUGGCCGGUCGAACGAGGCUGUCCGCGAACUGGAGGAGGUCACUGGGAUGAAACUACUGGAGGAUCAGCAGCAGUCAAAGGCACGCUUAUAAAUGUCAAUUGUGGUGAUAGAUGGGUUUCGCGUGUUUCUUCCUGUAUAGGGACUGCUGAACUAGCAUAGACGUUCAUCGUCUGCCAAAGGUUUACAAAGCAAAAGUGUUGGCUCCCAGCAUAUGGCGUAUACCCAGCCUUGCACAAUUUGUGGCUUACAGCGAGGGCUGUUCAUCGGACGGCCACGGUGGACAUGGACUCCCAAUCAUUGCGGAAUCUAGUCCAGAUAUAAAUGCAGUGAACUCUAUACAGAGUUAGCAUGUAUUAGUAAAGAGUUACUUGAUAUGUCAUCACGCCAGGGACGUCAUUGGCGAGGGAAACGGCACAGAUUGAACGGUACCCCGUGCAAUGCCGUGGUAACUAUCGUGGUCGAGGCUCGAUGGCGCUAUCUGUAAGCUCGACGAUAAGCGCCCACAUCGUGGGGCUAUUAUGCAAGCCUCAUACAGUGCUGUUUGCACAGAUUCCCUCAGGUGAGGG